AUGGCAAUAGUGUACCAGAGUUGUGUACUCUCCCUUGGGGAGCAAAGGAAGCAGGCCAGAAUGGCUAGCAAAGAUCUUGCGGGUCCACAAAAUCUCACAUAUAUUCAGCCACCAACCACGGCUCCAAAAAAUUGCAGCUACACUACCACUUCAGAAUCUAAUAUAUUGAUUGAUCCAUCAGUUUGUCUUAAAAAUGAUGAGAUAAGACCAAACAUGUCCCUUCCUUUGAAACGUCUAAAACUAAAACAAGAGGCAAAAUAUGAGCUUAAUCAACUCCUGAAAGUGGGCGCCCCAGAAAUACCACUUGAAUAG